AUCACGUGCGCACACGUUUUCUUCAACUCAUUGUCGUUGGACCGGAGGAAUAGCGCGGAAAGGAACCAGUGGAGAAGCGAGACAUGGAACGCAAGGGAAUAUGAUUCUUUCUGAUUUUUCAAUUCUGGAGAGUUGAAGGUUUUUUUUGCUGGUGGAUAAUUCAUGGAGAAAAUGGAGAGUAGCGGUGGGAAUCACCUUCUGCUGGAGGACAGGACAGACAGUCAGACUAGGAAUUCCAAUGAGAGCUUAGGAAUAAACCUGAGGGAUCCAUCAGUAGGUUCUAAUUCAAACACUGCUGCGAUCCACAUUGGGGAUUUGAUUAGAGAGAAGGAGAGAGAGAAAGAAUUUUACCACAGCUUUGAAUUGGUUUCUCCGAGAGGAGAAGAGGAGGCUUCUGAGAGAGAAACAAAAAAUAAAUGUGCUCCAUUAUUUUUUGCAUUCACUUGGCAUGGAACCUUUGCUGAGAACUGUCGGCAUCUCCAGCAUUUCUCUCGCUUUCCAAAAAAUACUCUUCUUCAUCUCACUGCUAAAGGUUUAAGACGUCAAGAUGUAGAAUAUAUUCUCAAGAAAAUUUUGAAUCUCGGAAUUACCAACUUAUUAGUCCUUCGUGGAGACGAUCCUCCAGACAACGGAGACUUCCCGUAUGCUGUAGAUUUGAUUAAAUUCAUUAGAAGUUUGUACAACGAUAAAUUCUGCAUCGGAGUUGCAGGAUAUCCGGACACUCACCCAGAGUCACCUUCAAGAGAAUCGGACUUGUAUUAUCUCAAAAAAAAGGUUAACGCUGGUGCUAGCUUCGUAAUAACGCAAAUUCUCUUUGAAUCACGAGGAUUCAUACGAUUUGUCGAAGACUGCAGAUCGUGUGGAAUCGACGUUCCAAUAAUUCCCGGAAUCAUUGUGAUAUCAAACUACAAGGCCUUCAUGAAACUGGAGAAGAAUUGCAAUCUCACUGUUCCCAAAAAAAUUCACGAAGACUUAUCUAAAAUUGACGAGAAAAAUGACGAAAUCAGAGAUUACGGAAUUAAUCUGGCGACCAGAAUCGUUCAGGAAAUUUUGUCCACAGGAAUUGUUCACGGAUAUCACCUAUUCACUCUCAAUAAGCUAUCAGAAGCUCAGCAUAUCUCUUCCAAUUUAAUCCGAAAGCUCCGUCACCCUUCAACCUCGAGCCAAAAUUAGAGCCCGCAGAGGGGUGGAUGUCGAUCGGAAAGACCGCCAGUCACGUGGCCCCCUUACAGCGCAUGCUCGAGUUUCAUUUGCUCCACGCAGGCGCACAAGCGAUAUUUCAAUCCGAGACAGAGCGAAUGGAGAAAUGAACCGGAUCAAGUCGCCGACCUGGG